AUGGCAAGUGAAAAGCCAAAACUAGGAGAUAAAUUACCAAAUCCUAGUUCUGCACCACAAAGGAAUGAAGAACUCGAAGCUCUUGAUCCAACUAAUUUACAUGCUGACCAUAGUGGGAGUUUUGAUGAUCUGUUGCCACCUUUUCCUUUUUUCCAAACUGGGGAUAUGCAGGGAAUGCCUCAACAUUAUGCUCAGGAAAUGCCAUUGCCUGCCAUCCGUAUGAUGAAUGAAUUUUCCCAGUUCAAUUUCUCUGACCAUACUGCAUUUGACCAUGAUUACUUACAUAGGUCAGUUCCAGAUAUUCCCCUCUCAGAAGGGAAUGUGAAUGAAUCAGUUGAUUACUUUCCCUUAUGUGCUUUAACAAAUGUUGCUAGUAAGAUGUAUGAUGAUCUUCAGAACUCCAAGAUUGACAGAAAAGUUGAAAGUGUCAGGAGUGAUAUGGCUAUAGGCUCAGAAAUGUAUAGGGAGGCUGCUGAAGCAAAUAUUAAUGAUGUGCAUAGAUCUUCUCUAAUUGGAAAUCAAAUGCGUUAUAGAGCUAGCACAAAUAUGCCAACACAUUACUCAACUAAUGGAAAAGGAGGAAUUAAUAACACCGUCCGGACAAGGGCAGCUCAUUCUACUCAUCCUCAAAUCCUUGAUGGGAGUUCUCUGAAGCUGGGAGUUGGAACUAAUACAGAGACCAGAUCUACAUCUAAUGUCUCCAGCAGAUACAACACUCUUAAGUAUAAUGAGGCUGCUCGUCCCCAAUCAAGUGCUUUACGUGGUCAAAAAGAUGAUAUAAGUUCUUUGAGUUCCUGUUCAAAGGUGACUGGGGAUUUUUCUACUAUCCGAAACAAUGUUGGUGGAUUUAAUAAUCUAGUGUGGGAUGACGGUGGAUUUUCCAGCCUCACACAGAAUGUGGAUGGGCUUUCUAGGGUAGAACGAAAUGCAGGUGGGGUUUCUCAACAAGUGAAGAAUGUUGUUGAAUUUUCUAAUCUGCUGCAGAAUGUUGGUGGGCUUUCUCCUCAAACAAAGAAUGUGGGUGGAUUUUCUCGUCAACUGCAGAAUGUAGAGCAGCUUCCUAGACCAUCUCAGAAUGAGGGUGAUAGGAGUUCGUCACUUUUAGCUGAUAGGCAACACUAUCAUUCUGUUUCAAGCAACCGGAACUCGGGACUCAGAGUGAAUGGAAAUGCAAGAUUUUCUGAUGUAAAUCUUAGUACAGGUUUUCAAGGUUUUCCUACUGAGCCCUUGAUACUACGUAAUAGAAAUCAAGUGGGCAUACCUGAUUAUGGACAUUUGGCAAAUGGGUUACAAUCAUCUUCUUUCAUUAGGAAUGCUACUCAAAGUGCUUCUGACCAACAACAGAAUCCUCAUACAGGAAGUUUCACGAACCUCUCACCUGAGCCUUCUCAGGUUGCUGCUUUUGUAGGGGUCACAAGAAGCAACAGCGGACAGAUUCAAUCAGGACACAAAUUUGACUCAGUUAAGCUCGCUCAAUCUCAAGGCACUGUUCCUGUCCAGCUUUUCAGGAGUUCUUCUGGAUCUUCUUCUAGCACUGGUCAAGUAAUUUCAGCAGUAAAUGCACCUGGUCAGGCUUCCAGUGUUCCUUGUAGACCAUCUCUUAAGAGGGAUGCAGCUGAAUCUCCUCUGGCUACUUCUGAGGCUUUGCACAGAAAGGUCAGAGUUACUAGAGCUUCGAGUCAAUUGUCUACUCCAAAUAUGGACCAAAUUGCUUCACCUCAUGCACCACCACCUCUGGCUUGGACUCCUUCCUUGAGGCCACCCUUUAUCCAACCUACUCACCCACGCGUAAUCCAGUCUCCUCCAAAUGUGGCACAAAUUAAUGCACCCCAUCCAGCUCUGGUUUGGAUCCCUCAUUUACGCCCACCACCAGUUCAACUUCAAACAGCUCACCAAAACCUAGCCCAUUCUGUUUCAAAUCUGGCCCAAAUGACUCCAUCUCACUCACCUCUGGCUUCGACUCCUACCAACCCAGUCCUAGUCCAAAGUGCUCAUCCUCGCCUAGCACUGUUUUCUCCAAAUUUGGCCCGAGCUCCUCCACCUUACGUCCCAUUGGCUAGGAUUCCUCGGUCAAGCCCAUCGCUAAUCCAAACUGUUUUCCCAAACUUGGCCCAGAAGCCUCCUAUUUGCCUACCCUUGACCCAAAAUACAUCUGUUCGACCACCCCUUUCCCGGAAUGCUCCUCAUGUUCCACCCUUGCCUAGUACAAAAGGAACCGAUCGCAUAAAAUGGCAAGAUCCAGAAAAAACUCCUAAACUAAGCGGACACCAGUGUUUUAUAUGCAAGAGGGAUCUCUCAUUCACUCCCGAAGGGCCAGUGGAACAACCAGUGAAUCCACCUCCUGUUGCUGUCUUGCCAUGCCGCCACCACUUUCAUGCUUUCUGCUUGGAGCGUAUUACUACCAGAAGCGAUGCUGAGGAUCCUCCAUGCAUCCCUUGUGCCUUGGGUGACAAGAACUAA